AGUUACUCGUAAGUCUUUUCCCUGCACCGCUUUUGCUGACUGGGGUUCCGGAUGAGCACAUUCGUCUCGACUCAUAUCACACAAAUGGUACCGCUAACGAGCUGACACUCCAGGCCGAGUGAACCAUGCUACUCCAAGCCCAGCGCGUGUCUGUGUUCACCUUCCAGUCGGCCGUACACAGCGCUCACGUUCUGCAGUGCUUGGACGAGCAGCGGCGUCAUGACGUUCUGUGCGACGUGACCGUGGUGGUGGAGGGCCGCCGCUUCCGCGCCCAUGCCGCCGUCCUGGCCUCGUGUAGCGAGUACUUCCACAGCCGCGCCGCUGCUGCCGACUCAAAACACAACUCUGUUGUCACCCUUCCGGAUGAGGUGACAGUGCAGGGCUUUGAACCUUUGCUCCAGUUUGCUUACACAUCAAAGCUGCUCUUCACCAAAGAAAACAUCCAUCAGAUUCAAAGCUGCGCCCAAUUCUUGGGUUUUUGCAACCUGGAAUCGGCAUGCUUCGAUUUCCUCAUCCCCAAGUUUUCCGAGCCCAAAGCGCAGCUUGUCAAGCAGCGGGUCUGCUGUCAAGGUGGCGAGGCGAAGCUGCGCAGCUCCGACUUGCCAACGGACCUCCCGUCGCCGUUCCCUUUGGCCGCUCCUGUUCCCGCUCGCGACUUGUGUUUGGAAACCUGCGGGCCGCAGAUGCCUUCGCUAUCCCUGGACUUGUCGGCCAACAUUGUGUGUCCGAUGUUAUCUCUGCCCGAUCCGGACGAUGCGGCUCAUGACUCUCAGAUGUGCGCCGGGGACAUUUUGGCUGUGGAAGACGUUUGUGGCCAACGCCAGUUGAGUCUGCCGGAGUUGCCGUGCGAACUGUCGACGGUGGAGCACGUGGAUCCGCAAACCGUGAUUGGGCCCGGGGAGACUCUCGACGUGGGCUGUGGCCUUGUUCCUUGUCCUGGUGCCGAAGAUUGCACGCAGUUAUUAGAGGAGUCAGCCAAGGAUGAGGGAUGCUCUGAGAGAAGCAGGGAGGAGCGGGAAGUGGCCGAGCAUCUGGCCAAGGGAUUUUGGUCAGACCUGUGCACUCCACCUCCGGCUCAGAUCAUGCCCGCCUUGGACCAGAGCAAUGGGGAGAAAGCCUCCUCGGACUUCCAUUGGCUCAAACAACUGGACCUUGCCUCCAAUCCGGCCGACUGCCCUUUCCUCAGGGAGCUCGGCACGAGUGAGGAGCCCAACUCGCGCGCCGACGCGCUGUCCCAGUCGGAGAAGAGCCCCUGCAUUUCCUCACUCAACUCGGGGGAGGACUCCGAUAUGGACAGCGACGGAGAUACGGAGGCGUCGACGGUGGAGCACGUGGAUCCGCAAACCGUGAUUGGGCCCGGGGAGACUCUCGACGUGGGCUGUGGCCUUGUUCCUUGUCCUGGUGCCGAAGAUUGCACGCAGUUAUUAGAGGAGUCAGCCAAGGAUGAGGGAUGCUCUGAGAGAAGCAGGGAGGAGCGGGAAGUGGCCGAGCAUCUGGCCAAGGGAUUUUGGUCAGACCUGUGCACUCCACCUCCGGCUCAGAUCAUGCCCGCCUUGGACCAGAGCAAUGGGGAGAAAGCCUCCUCGGACUUCCAUUGGCUCAAACAACUGGACCUUGCCUCCAAUCCGGCCGACUGCCCUUUCCUCAGGGAGCUCGGCACGAGUGAGGAGCCCAACUCGCGCGCCGACGCGCUGUCCCAGUCGGAGAAGAGCCCCUGCAUUUCCUCACUCAACUCGGGGGAGGACUCCGAUAUGGACAGCGACGGAGAUACGGAGGCCAACAACAGGAGAGCGGCCGAGAUUCAGCUGCCGUUCCCAGUGGAGCAGAUCUCCACGCUGAGUCGCAGCGCUUUCCAGCAGCUUCUCAAGCGCCAUUCCAUGACGCCCGAGCAGCUGGAGUUCGUUCACGACGUCCGGCGCCGGAGCAAAAACCGCGCGGCGGCGCAACGAUGCAGGAAGAGGAAGAUGGACAGCAUACACCAUCUCGACAGUGAAAUCAAAACCUUAAAAAGCGAGAAGGCAAAGCUGCUUCAGGAGCGCGCAGAACUGGAGCAGAACCUGGAGGAAACCCGCCAGAGUCUUUGCAGGCUGUGCAAGAGCGUCAGCGCCGAGCCCGCCUCAGACCAGGACCACCUGCACUUCCUGGCCAAGCUCUCGGCGCCGGACUUCCCAGCGUCGCUGCACCUCGUGGAUAAAGAUGCGUGAAGAUGAAUCGAAAAGCGGUAAGUUCAGAGGCUGCGGCCUGGACGUACUUAACAUUUCCAAAUAUCCGUGUCCAAGGACUGUUUUUUUUUGUUUUUUUUAAUAUCACAGACAGUCGUCACUCCUACAUGGAUUUUGCUUGUAUUGCCUUUUUAAUUAACAUCAACAUAGUUCUGAAUUUUACUGUAGCCUAAUUACGAGUGUGUUACUAACCAUAGAGUAGGCAUCCGUUGGUUGAUUUCUCAGGGAAAGACUCAACCUGAUCCCUACGCCGGCACAUUAACAGACCCCCUCCCCCCCAACGAGUUUUUAUGAUCAUUGUCAAGUGUUAUGAUACUGUACCGCGAUACUGUGUCCCGAAACAAAUAUGCAAAGUACCGAACUUUUUAAACGCGCGUUAUCGGUAGUCUGGUUACAAAUAAAUGCAUGCAUGGCUUGAUGAGGAAUGCUUCGAGUGCCUUGAAAUGGGCACGCAAGAGAAAAGAGUCGUGCAAAUUGUGCCUUAUGCAUUUGUUUUUUUCUUUCUAAUUACCAAGCACUGAUGCACAUUAACCUAGAGCCUUUAUUGAUAUCUGCUUAUGGAGUGGUUUUUUUUCGUCAAUGUUUUCUUUGAAAUAAAACAUCCUUUUGUGUUUACAAGCCACGCCGAUGAACUGGUCAUCAAAAAAUGGGCAGUAGUAACGCAGCUGCGCCUGUAGGUGGGAGUACAAGUCAACGAUUCCGUUGCUUGCGGGCUGAAAUGUAUGCAAGUGCAAGAAUGGUCUGCUGUCGAGAUGUGUAAUUCACAGAUGUGUGACAAAUGAGUUCUAGCAAACUAUGUGUUUGUAAAAAUGACAAAACACUGACACAGUUGUGGAUUUGACUGCUGCUUGAAGGAAGUGAAAGCAAAAUGCUGAUCUGGCAACAAACUCGACACGGUUGGAAAGUGAGAAGUAAAACAGCAUUCUGCCAUAUUUGUCACUCAAAAAUAGGAAAUGCAGUCGAAGAGGGAAUCUUCCCAACAAACCUAACACCUUAUUAGGAUUGGUUUUCUUUGACUUUUUAUUUUCUGUUUUGGAUUUCAAUGAUGACGAGCAGCCAAUCAAAAAUCAAGUCAACGAAAGCAGCACCAAGAUCCUAAUUUUUUGUACAAAAGCCUUUCAAACACGUCCUGACUGUCCCUUAUUUCAUCUCAUUCAUUUUGAGACAACUGACACAUAAAAAUGAGACCAAAAAAUGAGACUAAGAUAAUUUCAAAACCUUUUCCACCUUCAAUGAGACCGAUAACGUGUACAACUUUGUUGAAAAGCCUACUAGAACAUCUCAACUUCAUCUGGAUUUAGUCCGAGUUAUUUUAAAUGGCAGCAGUUACGUGAUGACUCCCAUUUAACGUCACUUUGAAUGUGAUUAGUUGAUUCUGAACACAGCCCAGCAACGUCCUCAUUUUUAUAGCUGGGUGUGCACACAUUUGCAACCUAAUUGUUCUCCUUGUGUAGUUUUAUCUCCCCUCUCCAACAGAUUCCCCACCAAUCAAGUUGUACGUGUUACAGAUCACAUUAAUGACAGUUUUGAGGUGAUUUACCUUGAUCUUGGGUUUUUUGUUUUGUUUUGUUUUUUAAAUCCCCAAAAACAACGUGAGACCCCUGCAAACUUGGUUUUACUAUUAAUAGACCUAUGCUUGAGUAUAUAUAACACAAUACCAUAAAGAGCUGAAAACAUAACUCCCAAAUUCCAAAUACAAUUUUGGUCAUUUAGAGUAUUUCUGUGCAGACAAU